AUGGAAAUUCAUUUACGAGCAUGGAGGUUCAUGAACCUUGAUCUCGAGAUCAGCGAAGUCAAGCUGAUAUCCAUGUUAGGUAUCUCACAAGCUUUGGUCAAUGAGUUUACCCUUGUGGCACAGUAUGCGAUUGCGGCUAACUGCAGAGCAAACCACAACGGCUCUGCUCCAAUUACUUCAACAUGUGGUGUGGAGGAGGAAUUGCCCAUAUACUGCGAUGUUGGACAUUGUCCUGACCUCGAAGACGCAGACACAGUAAUACUAAGUCGAUUCGAGCACAUCAAACCUGGUGAUACCCAUGGCUACAUGGCUGUUGACCAUACGCACAAGACUAUCGCUCUUGCCUUCCGUGGAUCGGUGUCUAUCGAGAAUUGGUUGACUGAUUUCCACACGCUCCACACAGAUGUAACUGGAAUCAAGGGCUGUGUGGGUUGCAAAGCCCAUGCUGGAUUCUGGGACGCUACUCGGGCAGUUUCGGGGUGUGUGUUUCCCAGGGUCCGGGUCGCCGCACAACAGUAUCCGUGGAAUAGAAUCGUCUUCACUGGUCACAGUCUGGGUGGUGCGCUGGCAACAGUUGCAGCUGCCUUGUUCCGGCAAGAAGCAGAAGUUGAUCUGUAUACAUUCGGAGCCCCAUCAGUAGGGAACUACGAGUUUGCCAAGUUUGUAUCAGAACAGACGGCUGGUGAUAACUACCGCAUCACCCAUUGUAGGGAUAUCGUUUCAAGUGGUCCUACGCGACUCAAAUGGCAAUGGCCAUUGGCCCGUGAAUGGAGUCAAUUGACUCCUGAGUACUGGAUCACAAGCGGCAACGGGCUUCCUGUUACGACUACUGACAUUCAACGUAUCGACGGGAUCAACAGCACAGAUGGGAACCUUGGAGGAGAGGGAACGUGGAAUGAUCAUUAUUGGUACAUGAUCGACACCAUUACACGUGCAGAGCUCUGA